GACAUCUGCGGCGUGGAUGUGCCCACUCGUCAGUAUAGGUUUGAAAUCGUUUACAACUUACUAUCGCUUCGGUAUAACUCGCGGAUCCGCGUCAAGACAUACACCGAUGAGUUGACGCCCAUUGAGUCCAUCUGCGAGCUCUUCAAAGGCGCCAAUUGGUAUGAGAGGGAGAUCUGGGAUAUGUUCGGCGUCUUCUUCAUCAACCACCCGGACAUGAGACGCAUCCUCACUGACUAUGGCUUCGAAGGACACCCUUUCCGGAAGGACUUCCCGUUAAGCGGUUAUACAGAGUGUCGUUAUGACGAUGAGGUGAAGAGAGUAGUCAUCGAACCCUUGGAAAUGACACAAGAAUUCAGAAAAUUUGAUUUGCAGUCGCCGUGGGAACAGUUCCCCAACUUUAGGUCAGUUUGUCGUUAUGACGAUGAGGUGAAGAGAGUAGUCAUCGAACCCUUGGAAAUGACACAAGAAUUCAGAAAAUUUGAUUUGCAGUCGCCGUGGGAACAGUUCCCCAACUUUAGGUCUGAGGCACUGCCCGUCCAAGAGAUACCUUUACCUCAAACCCAACCCCCAAAAACUGAUGCAAAGGAAGCGCAGAAAAAGUAGAGUUUGUUUCAAAUAAUUAGAUAUAAUUUAUACAAAUUGAAACCACAAUUGGAUUUGAAUGCAAAUCAUUGGUUGAAAUUUAUGUAAAAUACUGUUUAGUUGAUAUAAAUUCAAUGAAAUCAUAAAAACAAAAUUAUAUAAAUACCGAUACAAUAGAAAUAACAAUAACUCG